UUUGGUGGAAUGAUUUGCCACGAGCAGCAGCUUGUAGGAGAAUAUGCUCAGACUUUAGAAAGCGACAAAAACUUCAAACUUUUUCAAUCAUUUGAAGAAAAUAUUUCUAACACUAUCGAUAAAAAUCAAAAAGAAAAAGGAGUAAUUCAUUAUCAACUUAUCGAAGGAGGAGCCAAAACUAAGGAUUUUCAUAAUUUUUUGCAAGAUAUCAAACUUCCUGAUAACGAAAAAUACUAUCUUUUGUUAGACAAUGCUACCAUUCACCAUGCUGUUGGAGCUUGUAAAAAACUAGGCUUGCUUCCGAUUAAAGAACUGUUAAUUAGCAAGAAAAUUGAACCUAAAUAUUUAGUGGCUUAUUCUCCUCAACUAAAUCCAGUUGAAUUGUGUUUCAAUAUUAUUAAGAAAGUAUGUAGAAAAAAGCAAGCCGAGAACAUUCGAAGAAUUAAAGUUAGUGAUUGA